CUCCCGAGACGGAGAGGGCUGUUGUGAGGUGGGCGCGUCGGCCCGGUCUGUCCCCAUGGCCGCUGUGUUUCUUGUCACCCUCUACGAGUACUCGCCGCUCUUUUACAUCACCGUGGUGUUCGUCUGCUUCCUGGUCACCAGCGGCCUGGUGCUGGCAUGGUCUGGUUUGGGUGUUCCUGUUAUUCUGAGAAACUCAGAAGAAACAGAAUCCAGUGCAAGAAUGUUGAAAAAGCAGAUGAGACAAGUGAAGAAUCCUUUUGGGUUAGAAAUCCUUCAUCCUGCUACAGCUUCUGUAACAAAGGGUAUAAUACUGACACCAGACUGUCUGGAAGACUGUAUUCUUACAUGCUACUGGGGCUGCAGUGUUCAAAAACUCCACAAAGCAUUGCAGAAACAUGUCUACUGCUUCAGAAUAAAGACUCCUCAGGCAUUAGAGGAUGCUCUGUACAGCGAAUACCUCUAUCGACAACAGUACUUCAUUAAAAAAAAUGACAAGGAAGAAAAACAUUGUCAGUUACCAGAAGAUGCUCAAGUUGUUGAUUUUGGCCCAGUGCCCAGAUCUCGCUAUCCCUUGGUAGCAUUGCUGACGUUAGCAGAUGAAGAAGACAGAGAAAUAUAUGAUAUUAUCUCAAUGGUAGCUGUAAUUCACAUUCCUGAUGAGAGCUACAGACUUCCCUGCAGAAUACUGUAUCAGUAUCUGCUUCUAGCUCAAGGUCAAUACCAUGAGCUGAAGCAACUCUUCAUGUCUGCAAAUAGUACUGCAGCAUCUUCAAGUGACACAUCUCCCGGUGAGAGAAGCACUGACAGAAGCUUACUAGAAAGGGCUGGACUGGCUGAAGAUGAACCAGAAUUGCAUGAAGAAAACAGUAAAGACUGUGUUGUUUGCCAGAAUGGCACAGUGAACUGGGUACUCCUACCCUGCCGGCACACGUGCUUAUGUGAUGGCUGCAUCAAGUAUUUUCAGCAGUGUCCAAUGUGUAGGCAGUUUGUUCAAGAAUCUUUUCCACUUUGCAGUGAAACAGAGCAAGAUGAAGAUGAGUGAACCCAUAGCUUGCAAGAUGUUCUCUUAGAAGAGUUUUUUAAUAUGGAGAAAAAUAGAACUGGGUUGUAUGCACCAAGAUUAAAUGUAGAAAACAGACUGUUUAUGGGAGGUUACGUAGCAUUAACUCAUAUGGUUUUGCUUUUUGUUGUUAGGUAAUUCUCAGUGUCCUUAUUUUUCUUUUCUUCAUAUGCUCACAGGAACACUGUGCUUAUCCAUGCAGUGUGGACGAGAGAAGUGUGUGGGGUAUCUUUGAAGAAUGUGAUUUCAGUUAUAACUUCUUACUAGUUUUUCAUGGAGCAGUAUUGGAGGCUGUUUUGAUUACUAAAUCUAGUGCAUCUACUAAAAAAAGAACAAAACUUGCAAGUGCAGUUGCACACAGCUCAUUCUAUAUUUAUUGUAUUUAAAAUACUAGAUUGAUAUAUCAUUUUAGCUGAGUAUAAUUUAGAA